UCUUCUCCAGCACCAUAGUUCAAAAGCAUCAGUUCUUUGGUGCUCAGCUUGCUUUAUGGUCCACCUCUCACAUCCAAUCUGGCCCUUGACAUACACGUGAUUUGCAGGCACACAGAUGCUGCUGGGCCGUCUGGAGGGAGGUGAGACCAGGCUUAAGACAUAAAAAGCUCGUCCGCCACAAAGAGCUCUGGACUGGGGAGGAAGAAGCAACCAGCCUGAGCAGCAGCUGCCUGCCAAGGGGGAGGAGGGCUCCCUGCAGCCUCCAACAGUAGGGCCCGGGCACAGCCCGCCCCCCAACACGCGCACCCCCAGCUUUCUCUCUCCAUACUCCGUUUUCUCCUUGGCACUGUCCAGUUCCACCUGGACGUGGCCUGCUUCCUCCCACCGGCACUCACGGGGACUGUCAUAUCCGUAAGGCUGGACACGGGUGAUCAGACGGUGAUCUGGGCGUUGCCGAGGACAGCAGAAGCCAAGGCGGCACCCAGCCCCAGCGGCCCUGACCCGGCGCCGCCACGCGCUUUUGUCCGCGGGGGAGGGGGCUCUGGCGGGCAGACCGCCGCCACCGCGUGCCUGGGCCGGCCGCCUUGGAUGGGGGCUUCCCAGCUGGACCCCAGGCGGCGGGCCGGUCAGCCGGGCGGCGGCGGGGGCUAUAAGCGGCGGGGCGCCCACCCUCGAAGCAGGAGUCCGAGCGAGGAGACGGCGCUGGAACCCAUGGACACGUCGUACCCCCGCGAGGACCCCGGGGCCCCGACGCCCCGCAAGGCCGACGGCAGCGCCCACACGGCCCUGGCGCUGGGGGCGCCGCGACCCCCACCUCGAGACCACUUGAUCUGGUCGGUGUUCAGCACCCUCUACCUGAACCUGUGCUGCCUCGGCUUCCUGGCGCUGGCCUACUCCAUCAAGGCCCGAGACCAGAAGGUGGCUGGAGAUCUGGAGGCAGCCCGGCGUCUCGGCUCCAAGGCCAAGUGCUACAACAUCCUGGCCACGAUGUGGGCGCUGGUGCCACCGCUCCUGCUCCUGGUGCUGGUGGUGACCGGCGCCUUGCACCUGUCUCGGCUGGCCAAGGGCUCCGCCGCCUUCUUCAGCACCAAGUUCGAUGACGCCGACUAUGACUGACAGGCCGGGCCCUGUCCCUGUCCCAACCAGGGACCGCAACUCCAGGGCUCUACCCCAGCCCCCUGGAGCCCUGACCAUCUACAGGGCUGAGGCCCACCCCCACCCUAGCCCGGGCACCUAACACUGACUCUGAAGGUCUUCCGCUCGGGCCUCAGGGGCUUCCCCUCAGCUCGAUGGCCCCAGUUCCCUAACCCCCGGCCCUCAGGCCAGCUCCUCCCUCCCCACUCACCAGGCUCAGCUGUUCAAUUAAAAGGACCUGGUUCCAGAAAGUG